CCCUGACUGUGACUCACUGAUCUCACCUCUCUCAGACCUUCAUACACAGAUAUUUUCCCGGAGAACAAUCCGUAGGCUGCAAGUGUUUCUAAGAUUAGUGAGUGUGUGCCAGGGGCCCUCGGGGGUCCCCGGACUCCCAUUAGAGAACCAGUGUGUUACGCAGCAUUGUAAAGACGCAGCAGCAGCAGCAGCAGCCAGACCACCGUGGAGUGUUUCUACUGUCCUCCACCAGGCUGCUCCCCACUGUGCUACUGUGCGUGCGCGUGAGGAAGGAAGGGAUGAACGCCAGUCCAGUCAUUCCUCUGGAAACAUGGCGUCUUGUGAGGCAAGUGAGGGGGAAAUAGCUCCAGUGUGGAGGCAGUGAGCAGCAGCAGCAGCAGCAGCGGCAGCUGUUGGUCCUGUGUCUGGACGUCGCCGCAGAAGCUGCUCCACAACAUGAAGCAUCUGUUCCACAGCCCAUCAGUUUAACACGGGAGACAAUAGACAGUGGGAUAUGUGAGGGGAGAGGAGAGGCGAGAAAAGAAGCGGAGGGAGGAGGAGGUGCUCCUGGUUGCUGUGACCCCCCCUCCCCCUCCUCCUUCUUCCCCCCUUCCUCCCUCCUCCUCUCCUGUUCCUCCCAGUCUACACAGAGCCGUCAAGCUGGAGAAAUAAACAGAAAGGAGUGCAGAGCUGAGCAGAGAUUCCUCCCUCCCUUUUCCCCCUCCUCCUCCACGUUCUGUCCAUCUUCAUCCAGCCCUUCCUCUCCUUUCCUCUCUCCUCUCCUUCCUUGUUCUUUCAUGGACAGGAAUUAUUCUGCUGCAGGGUUCGGAGAUCUCGGGGCUGGGACGGGAUGGACUUACGACAGAUCCGCCAAAGCAAGCUUUGUGUAUGGGAGCUCCAGAGCCUCCCAUGCAGACUCAGAGCUGCUCCACAGGCAAGCCUAUGGACCCCCCCACCCUCUUCAGGGGUAUGCACCCAACCACCACCCAGGAAGCACCAGACAGGGUGGGACCUGGGGUUCCGCUGGACGUGCGCUUGGUCUCUCAGCGUUGUUUGAUGCCGGCCUCCAUCACUCCGGGCCCUCUGGUCCUGACCCCUCCGUCAUGAAUCUGAUUUCAGCUCUGGAGUCACGAGGCCCACAGUCCUCCUCCUCCGCUUCCUCCCUCCUCUCUCAGUUUCGAACACCGUCCUGGCAAACUUCAAUGCAUGGCCCCGCCCCUACGGAGCUCUUUAUGUCGGGAGCACUUCCAGGUUCCGGCACCUUUCCUUCUUCUUCUACUCUGUCUGCAUAUCAGCAUCCUGGCUCCUUCACUGGACGAGCGUUCACCCCUUCACUCUCCUUACAAGAUACGCCGACAUUUAGCCCGUCAUCUAACGGUUUGCUGUCUCCCCACGAUCCCCUGCUGCACAUCAAACCAUCCUCUCAAUCCAGCCUGGGCUUCGACCGCUUACUUUCCCACAGCGCCACUUACCGGGGCUCACACGAACCCCCGGUGCCCUCACAGAUUCAGCCACCUUCAUCUUCUUCAAACUGCCACAUGCCACCUUCCCAGUUCAACCUGUUAUCCUCACAGCUCCAUAACCAAUCCGCCCACCUCUAUAAUACAUCCAUGCUGUCAUCCGCACCAGCUCUGCCUCCGGCAACCCCGGCUCAGCCCCUGACUGCUCCAGAAAGGGCUUCAAGGCAAGACAGUGUGAUCAAACAUUACCAACGUUCACCUCCUUCUCAUUCCACUGCACUGCCGCUGCACCAGUAUGUCACGUGUGGUGGGUCGAGUUAUCAGCAGAUACCUGGCCAUCACCGUCAUCCUGGUGUGUCCUGCAGCCCUCUGGGAGAACAGAGUCCAUCCUCCGACCUGAAGCCCUUAUCAAGAACAGAGGCCCAGUCAUAUCACCCCAUCAUCCAACCUCCUUAUUCGUCCUCUAGCUCCUUGACCACAUCAUCAUCUGUAGCUAAGGGAGCUAAAUGUUCCAGCUCCAGUAGUGGCUACUCCUCAUCCGGUUCAUCCUCCACCCGUACUCCACACACUCCACCGUCAGCCUCCUCCACUUCUUCUUCUUCAUCAUCCUCCAGCUCCAACCCAAGCACUGGCUCACUGCCUGCGCCCUCUCGGCAGCAGCCACCGCCGCAGCAGGUGCCAACAACUCUUCCAGUUUUAUCAUCUGGGAAGCAACCAGCACCCAAACAAUGCCUCCCAACAUAUGGCUCCCUGUCUGUGGCCAACUCUAGCACUGGGUUGCCAGACCAGACCUCUCCCCAGCAACAUGUCCAGUCCUACUCACCCACUCAGCCAGCCGCUGCAUACAAGGCCCACUCGUAUGCUGGCUUUAACUCACCACAUUCCCAGGACCUGAGCUCUGGACCAGAGGUCACCGGAGUGAAGGCGUUCAAUGGCGUGGGCACCGUAGGACACUCGUUCUCUGCAGAGAUGCUCUUUGGGGAUUCGAGCUUUGGUUCAUCUUCUCUGAGAAGGGAAGGCAGUCCAUCCGUAGGGUAUGGGCAUGCUGGAGAAUCAACAGGAAGUGGGCCUGUAUCAGGAGCUCCUGCUCUUGGUAGCGGUGUUGGCUCUGCCGUAUCUGGAAGUGUAUCUACCAAUGUUGGUAAUGGAGGCAGCGUCUCUUACCACCUGUCUGAGUCUAGCCCCUCGUCCUCCAUCAGCUCUACAAUAAGUCGACCUGGACUGCACUCCCCGGCGGCGGUUCGCCCUGCGCAGUCCCCCGGAGGAUCAGGUGCCACCAAAUAUUUGUCCUCCAUCCUCUCUCCUAAUUUUAUAUCCUCUCCACAAGACCUUCACGAUACACGGCAAGCACAAAAUCAGUCUUAUCACGCUUCACCACCAAAGCCAAAACCAGAGACCAACGUGCUGAUAGCACAGCAAUCCCAAGAAGAGGAGAAGGACGAUGAUUUCCUUAUUAGCCACCUCCUCCACGGUCAGGACUCAGCUCCUCACUCCUCUCAGCAUCAUCUGCCGGCUCAGCCAAUCCCUCAGCCUCUCCCAGAGGCAAGAGAUGAGAAAAGCAAGGGGGUGCUGUUUGACAUUAAUAAGAUCUCAGAAGAGCGUUAUAACUUUCAGAGUGUCAUUCGUACCAACAACACAGCCAGCAGUUCUGGCUCUGAAACGACAAUUAUGGAGGCAGCGAGCGGCUUAAACAGUCAGUUGGAAAUUUCAGAAGAGAAACAACAGCAAAGCAAGUCAGAGAUGACCAUAUUAAAGUCCGCUGCUGGUGGGAUAGGAGGGGGCGCUGGCUCUCUUUCCCAUUCCCAUGUGACCUGUUCCAGCCAACCACAGCAUGACUCCAUGGGACCUGUUGACCAUUAUGGAAAAGAGGACUCCUAUAGUCAGCAAAGAGACCCGCACCACUACCAUCACACUUUACAUGUGCCCUCCCACACCCAACACCCACAGAUGCCCAAGCACCCGCAACAAAUACAGCACCCUCAACACUCUCAGCAAGGCCUUCCCCAUUCCCAGCCACACAAUCACAUGAAACUGAACAAGACUGCCGUCGCAAGUGAAGAUUCAUAUUUGUGUAACACACCAGAGAUGCAGCAGACCAAACAGAACCAGGUUCCACUCUCUCUGAUGGAUUCACCCCCAGCACGCCCCCAUCAAACCCACAUGCUUCAAUCUGUUCUAUCCCAACCCAGCCACACCAAGAUGGAUCCCCAACAAACUUCCCAACAGGAACAGCAGCAUCCCUUAAGGCAACAGGCCAUGAUUGGCUCCUCUGCAGGAACAGGGUCCUCCAGGGUCGAAUCCCACUCACAGAGCCAGUCCUCACAGUUACAACUCCAACUCCAACAACAGACCCAACGGAUAGAUUCGCAUUACAGCAUGGGACCCCAGUCUAGAGAGCCAAAUCGAGCCAGUCAGACUUCCUUGCCUUCUCUCGAUAUACUAGAGCAGUCACUAUCCCAGGCUAACAGCAGGGACAGUGGUGGAGCUCUGGAGAGAACUAGGAUCGGGAUGACGAUCAGAGGAGGUGAGGGUGGAGGUGACGACAUGCUUCACAGACUUACACCCCAACACAUUGGCCAACAACCGACAUCAGAUUUGAAUGAUUUCCUCUCUGAACCUGACCUGGGUUUGUCCAACAACCCUCAUCUACAUAAUCUCAACCAACCUCAGCCUCACUGCCACCAACAGCAGCAAGCACAAGGUCACCAUCAGAUGUCACACUCUCAGUUACCACACGGACAUCCCCACAGGAUGGCAACAAAUAUGGGGUCUCUCCAACAGCAGCAGCAGCAGCAGUCCCAACAAAGAGAGUCUGAGAUCCAGCUUUCACACUCCCAUCUGGAUCAGCUGAAGCAGCACAGGUUCGACACAGUCAACCCAGACUGUAAAGUCGGACAGAACCAAGCUAUGCAGCAACGGUUUACUCCUAUGACACAAGUCUGCUUCACAGACUCUCUUCUACAUGAUGGAGAACACCCGUUCUUUCCAGAGAUGGAGGACAUGUUCAGUUCAGCUGACUACAAGACUGGCUGUGCCCGGGAUUCUGGGGCAGGACAGGCAAUCCAAGAAGGCCUAACACAAGGUCAUGGUCGAGGGCAAGAGGGUUUGCAGACCUUAAAAGCUGCAGGUGUGGAAAGUGAAAGCUAUGACAUGAUCGAUCAUCACAACGAUCAAGGCUAUGGACCAUAUUAUCCUUCCAGGAACCAUCCAGGACCAGGGAACAGUGGUCUUCACAUGGAUCUUGACACCAUGAAGACCAACGAGCUUCCCUCUACUGUCAAUACUGAUCAACUUGGUCUACUCCACUCACAAACCGCUAACAUCGGAUUAAACUCGGCCGUCCAAGUAGAUGGCGCAAUAAACAAAUUGAUGGGAGCUGUGGGUGGAAAUUCAAGCACUCCUGGUCUAAUCUCACCCAUCUUCUGUUCUUCUCGUCCCAAGAAGCUGCUGAAAACCAGCUCCUUCCACCUGCUCAAACAUAGACGUGAGCCUCAACUUCAAACAAAGAAAAACUAUGCGCAGGAAUAUGAAUUUGAGGAUGACGAGGAUAAGGCUGAUGCCCCAGCUGAUAUCCGCCUCAACAGCCGACGCCUUCCUGAUAUACUUCCUGACUUGGUGUCUAGUUGUAGGAAGGCUGGUGGGCCGUCAGGAUUAGGUGGGCUCAGUCCAUUGACGACUGAUGUGGACUUCUGCCACCCUAGCAACUACUCUGCCCUGGGGCAAACUCCACAGCUUCUUACUCAUGACGGUCCCAAGAAAAGAGGCAGGAAGCCUACUAAGCCAAAACGUGAAGGUCCCCCCCGCCCACGCGGUAGACCACGCAUACGUCCACUGCCAGAACCCCCCUAUUGUCGGGGAAUUACUGGAUCAGCAACGGGCGAAAGCAAGAGAGGUCGCGGACGAGGCCGAGGGCGAGGCAGGAAGGAGGACAGGCGUGUGGAAAUGCAUCUGGAUAUGAAAGCACAAAGUCUACCAUAUCACCAUCAACAGCAGCAGCAGCAGCAGCAGCAGCAUCAACAGUUCAGCCAGCAACAUCUCCAGCAACAUCCGCACCAACAUCAGAGACAACAGGAGGAGCACCAUCAAGUUCUGCAACAGCCACAGCAACAUCACCUGCACCAACAGCAGCAACAUGUUUCCUGUUCUUCACACCAACCACAUCAUCAACAGCAUCACCAUCAACCACCUGAGCUGAUGCAAGACCCAAUCAGACCAAUCAAGAUCAAGCUGCCUCUUUCCACUGUACGACCUUCUGAAUCGUCAAUGAGAACAGACUCUCUGUCAAAUUAUGAACCGGUUCUCUCUGAUGGAUCAGUGGGCUCCGCGCCAACUCUGGGUCUGAGCCCCGGACCUAGCAACACCAUGGACAUCAGCAGAAAUGAGCAAAACCAGAUGAAAGACACAACAACGAUGCAUCAGCACAAAGCUGAAGAGAUGAUGUGGAAAAAGGAGUCGGAGGAUCCUCUGAACCCUGAAGCCUGGGCUGCUCUCCACAAACUCUCCUCCUCAGCUGAUGAAAAGGCUUUUGAUUUCAAACCCGGGUUCAUGGACUCUUUUUUGGAUUUCUUAAAGACUGGCAAAAAACAGUCCGGCCUGGAUCCAGGACAUGACGGCAGCGAGCUGCAGCCCCUGAACUCCUGCUCAUCUCUGAAGGAGAGGAUCAGACCCCUAUCUCCGCCUCCUGCUCCUCCUUCACUGCCACAAACUCCUCCAAAAGGUACGUUGACUGAAGGGGAGCGGGCCGAGGCAGAGGAGCUGCCCCUCAGCACCUGCCCCAGUCCCUGCAAGCCUCUGGACGAGGAGCUGAAACACAACCUGGAGACGCUGCCCUCCUUCUCCUCCGACGAGGAGGACUCUGUGAGCAAGAACCAGGACCUACAGAAGAGCAUCUCCUCGGCCAUCUCUGCCCUGUACGACACCCCGCAUUCUCUGGCCGCGGCCGUGGCUUCUGCCAUGGCCAAGAUUCCACCCGCUCUGACCCCCCCCAGCCUUCAGGAGCCGUCCCUCAGCCCUCCUCUGUCCGCAGAGCCCGCUUUUGUCACCAGCAUGGAGAGCGAAGAAGAGGAGCUGCAGCCUCAGCAGUGCAGAGAGGAAGACCAGAACACGCUCUCUCCACAGACUGAGAGGGAGCAGACAGAGGAACGGGAACACGGAGGAGAGACGGGAGAAAGGCUAGACGAGACACAGGGGGAGGAGGAAACAACGGAGGAGACGGCAGCCGUGGAGGAAUUAGUGGACUGUGCUGAUCCAGAGCCGAUGACGCUGACGCUGCAGGAGGAAGCUGAAAACCAGAUGGUUUCUGAAGUGAAACUUUUGGAAGUUCCUAAAGUUGAUGGUAAUAUUUUUGGUAUAUUUUCUGCUGCUCUACCAGAAGAGGCGCCUGCGACCCAGCGUCUAACCUCUCUACAUCUGGCGAAGAAGCAGGCGGAUGCCGCCAUCGCUGGAGAAAGUGAGGAGGAGGACAGUGAGAGCGAAGGAGAAGGAAUCUACCGAGAACGGGACGAGUUUGUGGUCCGGACCGAGGACAUCGGGACGCUGAAGAUGGCCUUGCAGACGGGUCGGGAGCCUCCGCCCAUCUGGAGGGUUCAGAAGGCCCUGCUCCAGAAGUUCAGCCCCGAGAUCAAAGACGGUCAAAGGCAGUUCUGUGCCACCAGUAAUUACCUGGGCUAUUUUGGAGAUGCCAAAAUGCGUUACCAGCGUUUGUAUGUGAAGUUCUUGGAGAACAUUAACAAAAAAGACUACGUCAGAGUGUGUUCCCGAAAACCCUGGCACAAAGCUGCUCUGACCCUGAGACGACAGUCACUACCAAAACAAACCAGCAGUCUUCACAAUCACACCCCGCCUCGGCUGGAGAGAGAGGAGAGAGACAAGGAGAGGCAGAAGGAGAGAGAAAAAGAACAGAGAGAGAGGGAGCACAGGGAGAAGGAAAACAGAGAGAGAGAGAGGAAGGAAGACGAGAAGAUGGAAAAGCAGGAUGACCAAAGAGACAUGUCCAAAAAAGUAGAGAGGGAUAAGGAAAACGAGAGAAGAGAGAGUGAGCGCAAGAACUGGGAGUUGAAGGAAGAGGAGAGGAAGGAGUGGGAGCGAAAAAAAAGGGAGCGGGAGGAGAGGGAACAAAAAGAAAAGGAGAGGGAGGAGAGGGAAAAGGAAGAAAGUGAGCAAAGACAGAAGGAAGCACAGGAGAGAGAAAGAAAAGAACGGGAGGAGAGGGAACAAAAGCAACGGGAGAAGCUGGAGAGGGAGCGGAAGGAAAAGGAGGAGAGGGAGCGUUUAGAAAGGGACAAAAAGGAGAGGGAACGAAAAGACAGGGAGAGACAGAGGAAAGAACAAAAAGAGAGGGACAAACUGGAGAGCGAGAGGAGAGACAGGGAGCAAAAAGAGAGGGAGAGGCAGGAGAGAGACCGCAAAGAAAAAGAGAGGGAAACGAGAGACAAGGAGCGAGAAAAGAGGGAGAAAGAGAGGAGAGAACCGAAAGACCGGAACCAGGCGGAGAAUAAAAAGGACAAGGAGGUGAAAGAGAGAGAGAAGGAGAAACAGGGGGUUCACCUUAAAGAAAAGAGAGAGCGGGAGGAGCGGGUGAGGAGGGAGGGUAGGGUGGAGUUCUCCAGGAUGAAGGAGGUAAAGAGAGCAGGAGAGAAGAUGGAGCAGGAGUCCAGGAGCAGGUCCUCCAAGGAGCAGGCCGAUCCUCCUCCUGCAAAGAAGAAGAGGUGGCCGAAGGAGGUGCCGUCCUCCUCCUCUGAGUCCGACUCCUCUGCCCACAGUGACGAUGAAGGGCCGGUCAGGGCUGCAGUCAACAGUCGGGCCAUGAGAGAGAUGUUCAGGAGCUACGUACACGACGACACAUGCUUCCCUCACACAGAUGAGUUGUACCUCCCACCCAUGAGGAAGAUUGACAGUCUGCUGAGUGAACAGAAGAAGAGGCUGUUGAGGAGAGCCAACAUGAGUGCUCAGCACCAGGAAGCUCUGCAUAUUUUCCCCAAAAUGACAGCAGACCCCCUGGAGUCCGGAGUGGCCAGAGUUCAUCUCGGUGGAGACGGCUACAACCGCAAAACUCUCAACCGGGUCAAAAGGAUUUUACCCAAGCAACAGGACCUGAAGCUUCCGAUAGAAACCUGCAGGAUGUAUAGUCUGUAUCAUUCCCUUCACCACUACAAGUACCACACCUUCCUGCAUUGCAAGAAGGAGACUGACAGUAUUGAGCAGGCAGCGGACGACCCCGGCCAGGAGGAGGUGGUGCAGCAGUGCAUGGCUAACCAGGGCUGGCUGGAGAGUCUCUUUAAGUCCUUUGUGGAGCUGAUUAGUCUCAGUGCCAAGGCAUGAGGGGCAGCACAAGCCGUGUGACGGACUCAAACAUCUUCCUCUAGUAUGGACCAGAUGCUGGCGUACAGAGUUUAGAUAAAAAAAUAAACAACAACAACAACAAAAACACAGACUGUAGAGAUGUAACAGAAGAGACUUGGACGUUGGUCUGUUUCUGUCAGAGGUUUACUUUUACAUUUAAAGUGUUUGUUUUACUAUUGAAUUUAUGUGACAGUAAUGAGUAAUGUAUUGGAAGAUGGGACGUAGUGAACCGUGUCAAAGACAGAGACAAACCUUCAUCGAGGAAGUUCAACUUCCUCAGCAGUGGCUGACCGGUGGUCAGUUUCUCCAAAUCACCAAGUGUUGCUUUAAAAAAAACAAAAAAAAAAACACCAAGUGUUUAGUUUAGUCCUGGUCUGUAAUGAAAACCAAAAUUUGAUUAUUUACUGUUCUACACACACACACGCACACACACACAAGAAAGUCACUAAGCAGUAUUUGAUCGAAAUUUGCAGUAGGACGCAUCGAUACUGCUGUUGUGUAAAAAAAAAAAA